CCCUUAGGAGCGCAAAACAAGAUCCCAUCUAUAAGUCUAUACAUAAUAUUAAGGUGACGCUUUUCUCCUGAUCCUUCGUUUACUUGUCUACAUGGCAGACCCUGGAAGCAAGGUGAGACCAAGUUUAGCAGAUAAGAUACGAGAUAGGAGCUUGGCGAUAAGAAGCAACCAGCGACCCCAAUGUCCAUGGUGGUUUGUACUGUGUGCCAGUAUCCAUUAUAGCACGUCAAAAACACCAUAGUUGGCGCAUGAAGAACCGCAAGCGUUAUGGUUCCUGAGCUGAAUUCAAUGAUUGAUCAAGACAGUUCAUGGCCAGUCAAAAGCCGGCCGCCAAGUGGCAGGACAAGCCGUCAGCUGGUCGAGCUUUGACAUGUGUGCCCCACUUUCUGGCCUGCAAGGUACUGUGCUCCAAAAAUUUCCAUCGAAGACAAGCCAGGAUAUUUCCAACAUCAACAAACCGCAAAUCUCGAGUCGCAGCACGGCACGUUCUUUGACAUUGGCAGUAAUUGUUACCACCGCAAAUCAGUACUCCACCACGUCUGCCUUGAAUUAAAAGGAUUCGCCGAAUUUCUUUGCGACAAUAUGCCAUCGACACACAAGAAGGAGAAGCCAUGGGAUACCGACGACGUUGACAAAUGGAAGGUCGACCCGUUCACCAAGGAGGAUUCGUCUGGCGCAUUCCUGGAGGAAUCUUCAUUCAUGACACUAUUUCCCAAGUAUCGUGAGCGCUAUCUGAAGGAUUCUUGGCCGCUCGUCACCAAGUCCCUGGAGAAAUACGGCAUUGAUGCAGUUCUGGAUCUUAUUGAGGGUUCCAUGACUGUCAAGACGACCCGAAAGACAUACGACCCUGCCGCUAUUCUUAACGCGAGAGACUUGAUCAAACUUUUGGCGCGGUCGGUUCCAGCACCCCAGGCAAUCAAGAUUUUGGAGGACGGAAUGGCGUGCGAUAUCAUCAAAAUUCGCAGCAUGGUACGGAAUAAGGAGCGGUUUGUCAAGAGGCGGCAACGUAUUCUGGGACAGAAUGGCACCACAUUGAAAGCGCUAGAACUUCUUACCCAGACCUAUAUCUUGGUCCAUGGUAACACAGUAUCAGUGAUGGGUCCAUUCAAAGGGCUCAAGGAAGUAAGAAGGGUCGUGGAGGAUACCAUGCAAAAUGUGCAUCCUAUUUACCUGAUCAAGGAACUAAUGAUCAAGAGAGAGCUGGCCAAGGAUCCCGCCCUGGCACAGGAAGACUGGAGCCGGUACCUACCAAACUUCAAGAAGCGCACAUUGUCCAAGAGACACAAGCCACAUGUCGUCACGGACAAGUCCAAGAAAACAUACACGCCAUUCCCCCCUGCACCCGAGAAGAGCAAGGUCGACCUGCAGAUCGAGAGUGGCGAGUACUUUUUGGGCAAGGAGGCGAAGCAACGGAUGGCCGAGCAAGAGCGCGCGGAGAAGUCGAAGCAGAAGAAGGAGGAAAAGAAGCGAGAACGCGAGAAGGAGUAUGUGCCGCCGGAGGAAAGUGCUUCCAAGUCCAAGAAGAGAAAGACAUCGCGCGAUUGA